UGCGCACUGUCUGUCCGGCGCAUGUCUGAUGAAGUCGCGACAUGGCGGUUCUGUUGGAAACAACGUUAGGCGAUAUUGUGAUCGAUUUGUACACUGAAGAGAGACCGAAAGCCUCACUGAACUUCCUGAAGCUGUGCAAAAUCAAAUAUUACAACUAUUGUCUUAUUCACAAUGUUCAGAGAGAUUUCAUCAUUCAGAUGGGUGACCCCACCGGUACAGGCAGAGGAGGAGAAUCUGUGUUCUGUAAAGUGUACGGCGAUCAGGCACGCUUCUUUGAAUCUGAGAAGAUGCCCAGGAUCAAGCACAGAAAGAAAGGGACGGUCUCUAUGGUCAACAACGGCAGCGAUCAGCAUGGCUCCCAGUUUCUGAUCACCACAGGAGAGAAUCUGGAUUAUCUGGAUGGUGUUCAUACUGUAUUUGGAGAGGUCACGGAGGGUAUGGACGUGCUGACUAAAAUCAAUGAGGCAUUUGUAGACAGUGACUUCAUCCCGUAUCAGGACAUCAGGAUUAAUCACACAGUCAUUCUGGAUGACCCGUUCGAUGAUCCCACAGGUCUCCCAGUUCCAGACCGGUCUCCUGAACCCACUAAAGAACAGCUCGAUAGCGGUCGUAUAGGAGCAGAUGAAGCCAUUAACGAUGAGGAUGGAAGAGAUGCAGAGGAGCUGGAUGAACUGAUCAAGGAAAAAGAAGCAAAGACUCAAGCCAUUUUAUUGGAGAUGGUAGGUGAUCUGCCGGAUGCUGACAUUAAACCUCCCGAGAACGUGCUGUUUGUGUGUAAACUGAACCCUGUCACCACAGAUGAAGACCUAGAGAUCAUCUUCUCACGCUUUGGUGCCAUUAAAUGUUGUGAGAUCAUCAGGGACUGGAAGUCGGGAGAUUCUCUGUGCUACGCUUUUAUCGAAUUUGAAAAGGAGGAAGACUGUGAGAAAGCAUACUUUAAAAUGGAUAAUGUCCUAAUAGAUGAUCGGCGAAUCCAUGUGGACUUCAGCCAAUCUGUGUCCAAGAUCAAAUGGAAGGGCAAAGGUGGGAAGUACACCAAGGAAGACUUUAAGGCCUAUGAGAAAGACUUGGACAGCAAAUCCAAACUGGCUUUAAAAGACAAAGUUAAAACCAAGCAAGACUCCCGUUAUGAGCUUCUCUUAGAUGAUGAUGAGGAUGAGAGGAGGGCGGAUGUCAGAGAGAAACAAGACAAGAAACGACAUUCAGACAAUGAGAGAAAGGACAAGAAAUCAAAGGAUCGUGAUGAGAGUCGAAGAGACAAAGAUAAAGGCAGACAGCGUUCACGCUCUAGAGAAAGAGAGAGAUAUAAGGAACGAGAGCGGGGCUGGGAUAAGGACAAGCACAGGGACAGAGACCACAAACAUCACAAAGAGAAGAGCCACAGACGAGAUCGCAGUCGUAGUCCUAAGAGAUCAAAGUAUUACAGCUGACACUGUGUUGACUUACUGCUACAAUAAUAACAGAUGUAACUUUUUACUCUUAUUAAGAUGAAUUUCAUACAUAAACAUACAGGUGGACAGAUGUUAUUAGCAAGUGCAGCUUUCAAACAUUUUUGUUUUUUAAAUGCAGUUGCAUUUUGUUUCCCCUCCACACUAGCAUGCAAAGUUUGUUUUGUCUGCUCAGGUAUGAUUCAUGUCAUCUCAUUAUUUCAGGAUAAUUAUUUGAAAGCUGUUAAACCGAAAAUCUGUUUGUCUAUGUAUGGAGUCAAUGUAUAAUGAAAGUAUUGUUGUUUUGUUUUUUGCUUCUGUUAGUUAUGCCAAUUUGCAGCAUGGUAGGCAGUACUUUUAAAAAAGGUUUUGAAAAGUUUAUGAAUGAUGCAAAUUUAGGCAGAACAUUUAAAAAGUUGUAGUUGAUGCAGAUUAAUAGAUUAUAAAACAUACAUACCCUU